UCUCCUCUCAUUGGCUGCCGGUGAGAUUCUAAAUCUGCUCCGGCAGCCGGUUGGUCGUUGCUUUCAGCCAAUGAGAGAAGAGCAACUGUUGCAUUCAGUCUCCCCUCCUGCAGAGCUUCUUCUGCUGCAGCCGCUCAGUCUGGGCUUCUGCUCUGAACGGGUGCAGAGUGACACAGUAAAAGAGGAAGUGAUGUGACCUCAACACUCCAGUCAUCUUCCUCAGAACAAUCUCCCUCACACCGCUCCCGAGGCUCUUGGAGGGAGGACGGAUAAACGGCGCUGACGGUACCGGAUUUGAUACCUGGAGGAGGGAGGGAUGCCACGGUGAUUUCUCUCUUUUUGUCUCCCGACACCCACCACUUCCUCUUCACCACCACCACCACCACCACCACCACUCCUCUUCAUCACUUUAAUCUCGGAACCUUAUAAAGAAACUGUUCUUAUCAUUUUUACCCUUCUCUUUCUAUUCAUCUUCGUUUCAUUUUUUUUUUUUUUUUGGAGAAAGAACAUUUUGGGUUUCUAGGGGAAGGGUCUUGGCUCUGCUUUCCUUUUUUUGUACCCCAUCUACUCUGCACGCGCACUCAAACAGCGAAAAACUGGGGUUUCAAUCAGUGGAUGUGUUGGACAUCUGAUUAAAGAAGCGACACUACUUGAGAGAAGUGACGGUUGUCUACUGGCUUGUAUGUAUUGGGGAAAUUUCUUUGGAGAGACGGGCUGCGCACGGAGUCCCCCACUUCCAAGGCAGAUCUGUGUCGCCGCACAGAGGAGAAAACCCUCAUCAUAUCUGACACCAGUAAUGAGCUAAAGGCUGUGUGAUCAGAGGAGAGAGGGAGUGAACCAACUGUGAGACAGAAGAAGAAGAAGAAAACGAGAAGAAAGGCAGUGACGUGAAAGUCGGUGAUGAGUUUCCGCGGCAACAGGCAACAUCUUAGCUAAUGAACUAGGAAGUUCAUCAACAACAUUUUGUUAGCAAAAACAGUAUAUCAACUCAGUGGGGGCGGAGCUCCACUGAGAGGAACCAGAAAGUAGGAGGGCGGAGUGAAGUGCACGGUUGCUCGGGUCGGGCAAGAUGGUGACGCUGAUAAUGAAGCGGCAGGGCCUCGGGCUGCUGAGGACCUUCCUGGUGUUGCUGGGAGUUUCUGCGCUCUGUAGUGUUGCGUCAGGAACCCGGAAAGGAAAUGCUUCCGUGGAUCAAAGGGGCCACAGACACAGACAUACAGGUCACUUGCCGAUGCAUAGACACAAACAAAGAGCGGGCAAGGAAGGGCAGGUGCUCCACAGGUCCAAACGAGGUUGGGUCUGGAAUCAGUUCUUCGUAAUUGAGGAGUACACUGGACCUGACCCGGUUCUGGUGGGCAGGCUCCACUCAGACGUAGACUCAGGCAACGGCAACAUCAAGUAUAUCCUGUCCGGCGAAGGUGCGGGAACAAUCUUCGUUAUUGAUGACAAGACGGGCAACAUCCAUGCCACCAAAACCCUGGACCGUGAGGAGCAGGCCCAGUACACUUUAACAGCCCAGGCUGUGGAUAGAGACACAAAUAAGCCUCUGGAGCCGCCAUCGGAGUUCAUAGUGAAAGUUCAGGACAUCAACGAUAAUCCUCCUGAGUUUCUACAUGGGCCGUACUAUGCCAGGGUGCCUGAGAUGUCCAAUGUUGGUACGUCGGUGAUGCAGGUGACAGCUACAGAUGCUGAUGACCCCACCUACGGCAACAGUGCCAGACUGGUGUACAGCAUACUGCAAGGACAACCGUAUUUCUCUGUGGAGCCACAGACAGGUAUAAUUCGUACGGCCUUGCCAAACAUGGACCGCGAGGCUCGCCAGGAGUACGACGUCGUCAUCCAGGCCAAAGACAUGGGUGGUCACAUGGGCGGGCUGUCGGGGACCACCGAGGUUAAAAUCACUCUCACGGACGUCAACGACAACCCUCCGAAGUUCCCACAGAGUGUGUAUCCCAUGUCUGUAUCAGAGGAUAAAGUGCCAGGAGAGGAGGUUGGUCGUCUGAAGGCCAAAGACCCUGACCUUGGAGACAACGGGCUGGUCAACUACCGCUUAAUAGACGGAGAUGGGAUGAGCAUGUUUGAACUAUCAACUGACUCCGAGACCAGAGAGGCCGUUAUCAAACUGAAGAAGCCGGUGGACUUCGAGACUAAAAGGUUGUACACUUUGAAGGUGGAGGGAUCCAACCCUCAUGUCGACCCACAGUUCCUCGCUUGGGGGCCUUAUAAAGACGAAGCCACAAUAAAGAUAACAGUGGAGGAUGCAGAUGAGCCUCCUGUAUUCGUAGCUCCCAGUUACACUUUUGAGGUAGAGGAGAACGCGCCUGAAGGCACCAUGGUGGGACGAGUCCACGCCAAGGACACUGAUGUUGCCAACAACCCUGUCAGGUAUAUGAUCCCUCGGUACACCGACGUGGAGCAGUUCUUCAGCAUAAACUCAGAAGACGGCAUGAUUACCACAACCAGACCUCUGGACAGAGAAUCACAAGCCUGGCAUAAUAUAUCUGUGUCAGCUACGGAGAUAGGAGGCCACCACCAGGACACCAAAGUGCGUGUUAACAUCAAAGUGAAAGAUGUGAACGACAACGCCCCGGAGUUUGCUACCAACAAUGAAGUCCUCAUGUGUGAAACUGUUACACCAGGAAAGGUCAUUGAAACCAUAAGCGCGGUGGACAAAGACGAGAUGGCUCACAGACAACACUUCACGUUCAUCCUUGCUCCAGAGGUCAAGCACAACCACAACUUCUCCAUCAAAGACAACAGAGACAGCACAGCCAGUAUCUACGUGCUCCGUAAAGGAUUCAGUCGUCUGACCCAGGAUGUUUACUACCUCCCCAUCGAGAUAAACGACAAUGGUUUCCCCGCCAUGAGCAGCACUAACACCCUGACCAUCAGAGUCUGCUCCUGUGACAACAGAGACACCAUCCUCUCGUGUAACGUGGAGCCGUACGUCCUACCCGCUGGUCUCAGCACCGGAGCGCUGAUAGCUAUACUGGCCUGUAUUGUCAUUCUGCUGGCCAUAGUGGUGCUGUUUGUUGCACUGAGGCGCCAGAAGAAGGAGCCUUUGAUAGUGUUUGAGGAGGAGGACAUCAGAGAGAAUAUUAUCACGUAUGAUGAUGAGGGAGGUGGCGAGGAGGACACGGAGGCUUUUGACAUCGCUACACUGCAGAACCCAGACGGUGCCAACGGUUUCCUGCCAAGGAAGGACAUCAAACCCGAGCUUCAGUAUCCCCUCAGGCCCGGCCUCGGCCGUCCAGCGGCCAACAGCGUCGACGUCGACGACUUCAUCAAGACUCGAAUCGCCGAGGCCGACAGUGACCCGACCGCACCGCCCUACGACUCCAUCCAGAUCUAUGGCUACGAAGGCAGAGGAUCAUUGGCUGGGUCGUUGAGUUCCCUGGAGUCUGUGACAACAGAGUCUGACUUGGAUUAUGACUAUCUGCAGAGUUGGGGGCCGAGGUUUAAGAAGCUGGCAGAUUUGUACGGGACCAAAGACUGCUGCAUUAACGAUGCUGAUGAUGGUGAAGACUCUUAACAGUGGUCUUAAUAAGUGGACGCCCCUGAUUUCUGAUAUAUUGAUUCCAUGAGGAUUUGUUAAUUGAGGGUUCAAACUCCUCAGUUCACAAUUGUUACCAACUACCAACUGAUCAGUUCAUGCCAAUUCGUCAACCAACGUUAACAGCUCUCCCUCCCGUGGCGCCUUCUUUGUCCUCCAAGACGAUUUGUUAAUGAACACAUAAUGAACGCUUGGACUCAAACUGCUCCCAGUUACUCCCAAAUCUUUCCUUUCCCUCCGAUGUCUCUUUCCCUCUGUCUUUCUACAGACUUGAGCAUUGCAGGGCUGGGAAAUCUGUUAUGUCACCAGUUUGUCUGUUUGGAAGUAAAAUGUUGCUGUAUGAUCAAGAUGACUUACUUAUAGCAAACUGUUUAGUUUAUUAGAGGUUCUAUAUGCUUUUUGUGGACUGGAUUCACGUACUUCCUCGAUGGUUCUGGAGAGAGAUUUUAUUCCCGUAACAGGUCUCCGAGUGGGAUGUAUUUCCCUUAGUCGCUCUCUUAGUGGUGUACGUGAAAGACACACAGAAAGAGAGGAAGAGAUACAAGUAAAUUAAAAGAAAAAAUAGUUAGUAUGGGAUCCAGCAACUGCCUGAUGUAACGAAAGAGAAACGACUGGUAAUGACACCGUGUCAGGAAGGUCAAACGGUUGAAACGAAAACGCUUUUUUCACAUUUGUUGUCGUGUGUGCAGAAAUUCAGCAGGUACUGUGGUUUAGAUGGCGUGACAGACUCUGGGUUGUUGAUACUUUGAAGACGCUCACAGCAUCUUCACAGUAUGGUGGCCUUAUAAUAAAUAAACAACAACUCCAGGGGUAAACACAACAAGAAUAACAAUGUGACGAUAGAGACCACUAGCUUCAGUAGCUACCCACAGACAAAUGAACACACAAGGACUGAGUAUCUGUGAAAAAUGCUACUCAAAUACCUUUUUUUUUUUUUCUACUCCCAAAAAGAGAUAGACUCAACAUGGAUUCAACUUAAAAAAAACUGUGGAUGAUUCUUUGUUUUCAUUCUUCACUGCAGAGAAGACGUGAAAAAGAAAAGCUGCCCUUCUCCACGCCACGUCCACGCCCCUGUGUCCCCACCGCCCCACCCCCAUUCCCUCCAUUUACAAUCACUUCCCAUAGCAAGUCCACCAAUGAAUGAUCACUUCCUCAUUCGGAGUCCACCAAUGAUGAUCAAUCACAACGAGUAAAAACCUGUGAGCUCUAAAAAUCGCCUUAAACUUAAUGGACACUCUUGCAACGCAGUGCAUUCUCUUUUUUUCUCCUUUUUGUUUCUUUUUGUAACUUGAAAAGUAUAUUCGGAAAGCAAACUACUCUCCAUGUUAGGUAUGUACAGAGCAAUGUGCAGACAUGUGAUAUAUCACUUUGAGGAUCCAACUUGCGCCAAGUGCACUCUUAAAACAGGAUAAGCUGUUUCCGCCGGUACGGUAAAUGUAGAUCUGGAAAAUAUGAGUUGUGUUAUUUCCCGACACCAGAUAUGUUGGCAGCAACAUCUGUUGUAUCAACAUAUGUUGCUAUGUAAACAUCUUUAAAAAUGUGCACACUGGAAAAUAACACAAGCUGUGUUUUCUGAGCCACAUAUACGGAGAGGCUGGAAGCAGAACAUCCUUUUUAAGCGUGUGGGUUCUUGUUCAAUCUCUUUUUUAUUGUUAUUAUAUUAUUAUGAUUAUUAUUGUUGUUUUUUAUUAUUAUUAUUAUUAUUAUUAUUAUGAUUAUCAUUAUUACAACAAUAAUUGUUCUUUCUUUGGCUGCAGCUACACAGGAACAAAUUCAUGUUUAACUCUUUGCGGUUCAGAUUUGAUGUUCUUAUGGUUGUCAAAACAUGGAGAGACUACAUGGUAUAUUCCAUUUUCAUCUUUGGACAGCUUUAAGUUUACUGCCAAAAGUUAAACAUCAGCUUUGGUUUCUGCCUGUGUACAUACAACCUCUCUCAUUUCUUUUGCUUUUGUUUCUUUUUUUUUUUUUGUUUUGUUUUGUUUGUUUGUUUCAUUAUUUGGCGUUUAUUUGUUCUUUCUCCCUGGUCAAGAGGAAUACUAGCAAUCUGUGUUUGUUGCAGUGAGAGAACGCCUCGUUUUUAUUCUCUGUCAAGUUUUAUGGUACCGAUUUGUACAAUUUUAAAAGUUCUUAUUUUAGUAUACAUGCAGAAUAUUCCAGUAUUACAACAAAAAACAUGUUAAGAAGAUUAAAAAAAUGUUACAGCAUCACACUUAUAUUUUCUGAACAUUGUACUGUUGCUUUACUAUGUGCUUCAAUCUCCGAAGCGAAAAAAAAAAACUUUGAAAUAAAUGCUCUUUUUAUAAAAUGA